AUGGAACUGGAAAUGAAAUCAAAGAACGUUGACAGGGAUGUCGAGAUGGCAGGAGAGCAACACAAGUCUCCUGUUUCUUGGGCGUUACAUCUGGAAAAUCGCGACCCAAAAUUCAUCAACUCGCAACUCACCGUUAACUUCAGGGAUGUUCUGGGCGAACCGGAGGGUAUUCGUAGUGUGGACUGCGUUUGGCUGACCUCUGACCGAUGUUUCAAUCUGUGGAAAUCUCUCUGUUACCGCAGUUCAACUCUCCUGUGUGGAAUUUGUCUGGCUAUAUCUUGGGGGUGUCAGUUUGCUUUUAUCGCCUUCCUCCACGUCUGGUAUAUCACACCUCUUAUGAAAGUCAUGGAACUGAACUGUAUCUAUGCCAAGCGAUUGUACGGUCUUUGCAUUGGAUGCUGUCUUAACCCAGUCUUUGAGUCCAUUGGCAAUAUAUUCAACGCCUUCAAGGGCAGAUAA